CCCAUACCAAAACCAGAAAAUAGACGCUUUACACCAAAAUUAUAUUUUAAAAACAAUCCAAUUUUGAAAUUUCUUGGAGAUCUACACAUAAAAGAACUCUGGACUUCAGUUUCUAAUUUUAAUAAAAAUAACUCAGUACCAUUUUGGUUAAAAUUAGCUGAGAAAGGUUUAAACGGAGCAUUUGAAUCAAAGUCUAUAUUUAAAGGACUAUGUGAAAUAAUGAUACAAAUAGCUCAGUGUAAAGAUCAUAGCAAAGGUAUUCAAAAUUUGAAAUAUUCUGAAAAUAUUACCCACUUUAUGGCUGUACUUUCUAGCCUAAGCCCAAAAGCGCUCUUGCGUCAAAAAUCUGGAGAGUAUAUGUCUGAUACAAGUAUAUGUUUAGAAAAUAUGGCACACUUUAAAAGAUUAGCUGAUUCUAUAAACUAUGAUAGGCCAGUUAUCGCAAUGACUGAUAAUAUUAAGGUUUAUUCUCGUCUUGGCUAUUCUGCAAAUUUUGGGUGUAUUAUUGGUUCUAUUUUUUCACUUGAUCAAACUCUCAUUAAUGAUUAUAAUGAGACAGAAUCAGUUAUUCAAAGUAUAAUUUCGAACAAUGCAAUAGCAAAGCAAGUUCGUUUGUAUUUACUUCAAAUACCAUUACCAAAGUUUCUACCAGUUGUAAUCGGGUUGAUUCCAAAUAAUAGAAAUGAAACAUCUGCACGAAUACUAAAAAUACAUGAAAAAGUGCUAGAGAUAGCUCAACAACUUUCAAUUCACAUAGUUUCAAUAGGAGCUGACGGUGCUAUUUCAGAAUUUAAUGCUCAAAAGCAUUUAAUGUCCAAAAAUACUAGAUUGACCAAGAGUUUUCAUGAUCUAAUAUAUAAUAUAAACUUUAUCUGUUCAGUUUUUCCUGGAGUAGGACCAGUAAUUCGAGUUUUAGAUCUGUUGCAUGCCCAAAAAUCUGCACGAAACGCACUGUUUUCUGGUGUACGAUUACUUACUUUAGGAAAUUAUAUAGCAAUGUAUGAUCAAGUAUUAGAUAUGUGUAAACAAGAUGAUAGCAUUUUGUAUAAAAAAGAUGUUAUUAAUUGUGAUCGCCAAGAUGAUGGUGCUAGCUAUCAUCUUUUCUAUUCCUCACUUCUUAAUCAAGUUAUGAAUUCAAAUAUUUCUAACGAUAUUUGCUGUGGACUUUUUGUUUAUUUGUUUGUAAUUG